CUUAGUGGCCUGAUGACUGGGACGAUGAUGAUGUGAAGGAAAAAGAUAGGCUUUUCUGGAACAGCUCCGAGCAGACCUGGACAUGGUGGCUGGAUCCUGGAGCAGAUGGCGGAUGCCAAGAGUUGAGCUGUCAAGGGAAACAGAAGACGGUCAAAGUUGGCAUGUCUUCGACUCUCUGGCGUUCAAGAAUGUGGCUGAAAGAACAGGGCAUGCGUACCUCAUUUUAGAGCAAGGAAUUGGGUCUAUGUAUUCCAUCAUGGUCACGUGACCGGAGUCAAGGGCAUUGGGCCGGACGAGUAAAUGAGGACUGCACUCUCUCUGAUUCUCUCCGGUCAACUUUGCAAGGGUCUAUUUGUCGAUGGGUUAAACCAGUUUUUGUCUUGGUUCCCAACCAUCACGUCCAUAUUUUCACCCUAACACACACGCAGACACACACGCAGACACACACGCAGACACACACAAAGAGAGAGAGAGAGAGAGAGAGAGAGAGAGAGAGAGAGAGAGAGAGAGAGAGAGAGAACGGAUUUAAGCCAGCAUGGUGGCAUUGAUUACUGCUUGUGGCCAUCGCUCCCUGCACAGUGUGGAAAAGGUGUCUCUAUUGAUAUAGAAAAUGGUGGAAGAACUUGUUGCAGGUGUGAAGGCAGAAGAUUUUGAGUGGAUGAGUCGCUUCAGGAUUGUGGGUUUCGGUGUAUAUUGAUCGAGUGAGCACGUGAUGUACGGAAGUUUUGGGGGUGCUAUGGAAGGCGUGCCUUCCGAUUGUUCUGUGCGAAAUCAAGGUUUUGUUAUCCUCGAGUGCUGAUGAGAUGCAGAGCGUAUUGCUCUGGUCCUGUGCCAGCCGGUGCCAAUCAGUGAGCUGGAUAUUGCCGAGUCGUUUAUGGGUUAUAUCAUCGCUAUCAAUUCUUCUGUUGGUCAUAAACCAUGGUCAAUGAGUUCUCUGCCUCCGAUUGCAUCUCAUUAGUGUAAGUGCGGUUGGUGUUCUCACGUCACAGGACCGCGCGCUAGAGAGAGAGAGAGAGAGAGAGAGAGAGAGAGAGAGAGAGAGAGAGAGAGAGAGAGAGAGAGAGAGAGAGAGAGAGAGAGAGAGANAGAGAGAGAGAGAGAGAGAGAGAGAGAGAGAGAGAAGGUAAGGUUAGGCGAAAAUGAAGCCGAUCUUUUGCGGCAACUUUGAGUACGAUGCAAGGCAGUCGGAAAUCGAACGACUGUUCACGAAGUUUGGAAGAGUUGAAAGGGUGGAUAUGAAACCAGGCUAUGCGUUUGUAUACAUGGAAGAUGAUCGUGAUGCUGAAGAGGCAAUCCGUGCACUCCACCUCAUCGAAUUUGGACGUCAGAGAAGACGUCUGUGUGUGGAGUGGGCCAAGCGUCGUAUGCAGGGAGAUGGCGCAAUCAAGAGGGGAGAAGAAGCAAGGAGGUCUGAAACAAGGAAUCGCCCAACAAAAACCUUGUUUGUUGUGAACUUCGAUCCUGUACAUACAAGGGUCAGAGAUUUGGAGAGACACUUUGAGCCUUAUGGCAAGCUUGUCAGGACACAAAUCCGGAAAAACUUCGCAUUUGUUCAGUACGAGAGCCAGGAGGAUGCAACCAGGGCAUUGGAGCACACAAACUUAAGACGCAGAUGCCCAGGCUCGCCGCAAGGAAGCGACAGACUCAAGUACAGACACUUUGAACCGAACGGCGACGAGGCAACACCGGAAGAGCAGCAUAAGGAGUUCAUGGCCAAGCUCGUGACCAGGUUGGUUUAUACUUGUAACCACCUACAGUCCGAGCUGGCGAACCUCCAGCGGGCCGUGCGGAACCGUAAGACUCAGCACGAGGAUGCCACAUGGGCACUGGAUGCCCGUGUACUGGACCUGGAACAGGCUGUACCAGGACCAGAUGCUGGGGCUUCCACCAGUGCAUCCUCUAGCCGCCAACAGGAGGAACGCGUUGACCAUGUAGUGGCAAUGCUAGGAGACAUAAGUGCCUUCACAGAGCCGGCCACCAUCAGCGAGCGGUUCGAGUUGCUGGACACUAAGAUCAAUCAGCAGCAGCCGACCGACCACAGCCACAACAACAGCUCGGCAAGGCCAUACAAGAUGCCGACGUUCCGGAUCGAGAAAUUUGAUGACUACACACAUAAAGACCCGGUCGUCUGGUGGCAAGGAUUUACAACGGAGUUGGGGAUCCACGAGGUCCCUGACCAUCUGUUCAUCAGUGCUCUGUUCAUCAACACCAAGGGAGGAUGUCAGAUCUGGCUCAGCCACAUGGCAACCAUCCACGGCGUCCAGGUUUCAAACCUGCAUAAGAAGGUCUCCUGGGAGGAUAUGACAAAGGAAUGGAAGAAGCGGUUCAUAGUGGAUGACACGCCUGCGCUCGCCAUCAACUGCAUCUUCACGAUGGCUCAAGGGAGCACACCGACACGUGACUGGCUCACGGAUUGGCAGAAGAUCGUGGCCACGCCCGAUCUGGACCCUGCCAUUUCCGCAUCUGCGCCGCCCGCACAGAGUAAUACCGGAGCGGCCCAUCCGCCACGAGAUCAUCCUCGAGGACGGGGUAUGACAACGGAGUUCCGACACAUGCUGGAUCGGUUUGUACUCAUCUACCUCGACGACAUCUUGGUGUAUAGUCGGAGUUUGGACGAGCAUGUGGAACACCUGCACACCCUUUUGGAGCGGCUACGACAAGCCAAGUACAAAGCAAACUGCGACAAGUGCGAGUUCGCACAGCAGGAGCUGGAAUACUUGGGACACUAUGUGACGCCGCAAGGCAUCCCUCCACUUGCGGACAAGAUCAAGGCCCUAGGAGUAUGGCCCGAGCCCACCAACACCACGGACGUUCGUUCAUUCAUGGGAUUGGCGGGCUACUAUCAGCGAUUCAUCACCGGAUACUCCAGGAUUGCUGCACCUAUGACGAGGUUACAGUCGCCAAAGGUGCCAUUCGUAUUCGAUGACGACGCACGCCGGUCAUUCCAAGCACUUAAGACGGCUAUGCUCAUGGCACCCGUCCUUAGCAUUUAUGACCCCACCCUGCCGACACGAGUGACUACGGACGCUUCCGGCUAUGGCUUUGGGGCAGUCUUGGAACAGCACGACGGCGACGACUGGCACCCUGUGGWGUAUUUCAGCCACAAAGUGCCUCCCAUCAACUCGCUUGAUGAUGCAAGGAAGAAGGAGCUGCUCGCAUUCGUGAUGGCUCUCAAACGUUGGCGGCACUUCCUCCUUGGGCGUCGUAGGUUCACAUGGAUCACAUACAACAAUCCACUGACCUACUACAAGACGCAGGACACGAAAGAUUGGGUUGACCGCCUCCCCGACAUCGAGUUUGCCUACAACACUUCGGUGCACCUGGCGAUCGGCGUGACUCCAUUCGAGUUGAACCACGGUGGACGGAAAGGCCGCAUCUUCGCCGACCUUCUCCUCCCUCGACCAGCCAAUAUUGACGCCGCUUGCUCUCCCGCUUCCGUUCGGAAGUACAGGGACUUGCUGACUCAAACCCGCGCAAAUAUGCAAAAGGCUCAAGUCCGCAUGCAGCAGCAAGCCAACAGGCGUCGCGUACCAUGUCCCAUCCGCGCCGGUCAUCUGGUUUGGGUCUCCGUGGAAGAGUUUGCACUGGAACAGGAUGUUUCACGCAAACUGCUUCCCAAGUGGUUUGGACCGUGGUCUGUGACAGCAGCCGCGGGCGAUGAGCCCGAUGGCCCUUCAUUUGUGAUCAACAUUUCAGAGCAUCCGACGGUCCAUCCGGUCUUCCACGCCUCGAAGCUGGCAACAUACACGCCAGCCAAGAGCGACGACUUUUCGGGCCGACGAUCGCAGGACCCUCCUUCUAUGGAUGGCCAUCAGGAAGUUGACCCGAUCGCAAGUACGGCAGCAAGUCGCGGCAGAGCAGAUUUGAAAGCAUCCGCACCGCUGAUCUACGCUCACUAUGAACGUCAAAGGUUAGCCAAGGAAGCUUCACGACCUGCCCCUGCCACCCGGACUGUGGUCCCUCCCUCAGACAGACAGCUUCGCCCUCGCAGCAAACUUGACAAGAGAGUGAUCAUCGUUGAAUAUGCUGCACGAGAAGAUGGAGCCCCUCAAAGAGGAUUCCGCCGAGGCCGCAGUCCAAGUCCAGGACGGCUUCUAAGUAGAGGCGGCAGUGCGAAUUACCGCAGUCGGUCGCCCCCACGGAGGUACAGGAGCAGAUCACCGGACUAUGGGCCUUACCCUCGUCGGCCAACAUCCCCAAGAAGGUUGAGCGAAUCGCCUGACUACGCGCCGUACUCACGUCGAUGAGCUCAGCAGAAGGCAUCGCUUCUGUGUCAACAUUCUGCGCUUGCUGCAAUGUUUGAGUACUUAGGGAGGGGGCAUUUAAACAGGUGUACGAACUUUGUUGUGGCCUUCACUUCUUUCUUCCCAGCCGAAGGCCCUGACAUCUAUGCAUGCUUCAUGCUGGUCCAAAGUGUUCUUUAGUUUGAUGUCAGGGGCCGAGGAGGUAUCAUGAUGGAAUCUUAUCGCUAGGCGGCCUUCUGAUAAUCAGUGCUCUUGUCCUCCGGAGCGGAGAUGAAGCAGGAAGUGUUCUUCUGCUGCUGCCAUGUGAAGUCAAACUCUCGUGACUUGAAAGGGAACACAGUUCAAUAUACAGAAUAAGGAAUUAUGUUUGUCUGAAGAUGUCUGCACCUAAAGGGACCGUGUUUGCUGUGGUUGCUCUGUUAUUCUGAAAAGGAUUCCAUGAUUGCGGCCACGUCUGGCUUUAUUGUUUUUUGGUCAGCCGCGGGUUAAGGUCUUGGGUAUGAAGUUGUACAGGUUAUUACUUUUGGCCAUGUUAGGCACAUACCCAUGUU